CCUAGCUCCACGCGACGGAUGAAACCACCACAGCCAUCGACAAUGACCACGGUGCCCAACAACGCCCCUAGUGCUGCAAAUACGGCCCACCAUCCCCAUCCGACUCGGCCAGUUACCCCCACAUCAACAUCGGGGCCAAUCGUGUCCACACACGGAUGGACGACCCACCGACGAGUAAAAACGAACCUAGGAAUCGAAUAUCGGCCAUCAUCUAUAAGUAGGAGGGGGGGUAUGAACCCGAAUGGCACGAUGGGAACGACGACGACGACCCGGACGAUGGUGGCGACAAUGGGAGGGAAUGGGAGGGACCGGGAGGGAUGUACAAUGGUGCAGGGCCGUGCUGGAGAGUAGGGGUGGGUUGUGGAGGACGUUCCAGGGCAUGUGGGAGCGGGAAAGGGCAGGAGAGAUUGAGCGGGAUGGAAGGAGGAAAGUCGAGAUGCCAACGGCCGACGACGAGGACGACUACUGUGCGCCUUGGACCAUCGAUGGACGACUGGAGUGCGCAUUGAACGCGCCAAAAAUCAUAGCUGUACGACGAUUACCACCUCCGCCGUUGCCUACCGCUCCCCGCCAAACAUCGGGCUCUACCACACCACCCUGCCCACCUACCAACCCCAAACUCAUGCAUCUCCCAUUCAUUGAGUGGAAGAUCAUGAUUCCGAUGUUUUUUUCUCUCCUGACCCUGUCAACACCAUCUGCCCGCCCACCAUCCCGACACCUGCCCUUUCCGCCUCGUAUCGCCCCCCACAGCCCUCCACAUGGGGCAACGGCCUCACCACUCCCGUUUUCAACAACGGGAAAUACAGUGGUGAAGUCAUUUCUGUUCCAUUCCCCCCCCCAUCAUCGUCGAACGGCCGUCGAUCCCGCCCUGCCGACUUUUUUGCCCCCCACAAGUGGUAUAUCACUCUCCAUCCCUACGAAAUGUCAUAUUUCGUUGGCAGGGGUACUGAUACCACUAACGGCUCGAUGCCCAACCCUGCUCUCGACGCCUACGCCCUGCUGUGCCCAGCACAGCGAGGGGUAUUAUUUUUUUUGCCUUUUCUUGUUCCCGUGGGCACAUAUAUAGAGUUUAAUUUAUCAAUACAAUAAUGGUACUAUAGUCUAGUUGGUAGAACGCCUUGUGUGUGUUUGUAAUUUUGCCGUUG